AUGUUUAUUUCUACUUCAUACUUUUGUUUCAUUUCAGUAUCACUACGUGCAAGUUCCAUUAAUAUUCAUCCCAAUGCAAAAUGGGCACAGAAUGGUAUCACUGUUGCUGGAGGAAAUGGACGAGGCAGUGAAACCAAUCAACUCGCUCAUCCAUGGGGUUUGUACGUAGAUGAUGAUGAAACGAUUUAUGUCGCUGAUUGGGGAAAUCAUCGUAUUGUGGAAUGGAAAUCUGGUGCAAUGAAUGGAAAAGUGGUUGCUGGUGGAAAUGAAGCUCAUCAGUUAUAUGCUCCACGAGAUGUGAUUGUCGACAAAGAGAGCGAUAGUCUCAUCAUCAGCGGUUGCGGGAAUGGAAGAGUAGUUCGAUGGCCUUAUCAAAAUGGUACUAGUGGAGAAACAAUUAUUUCGAAUAUCGAUUGCAUCGGUUUGACAAUGGACGAGAAUAGAUCACUCUAUGUCGUUGACAAUGAAAAACAUCAAGUGAGACGAUAUAAAAUUGGUGGUGCUCAAGGAACAGUGGUUGCAGGUGGCAACGGUCAAGGAAAUCGUCGCGAUCAACUCUCCAAACCCCGCUACGUAUUUGUCGACCGAGAUCAUUCAGUUUAUGUGUCUGAUAAUGAAACUCAUGGUGUAAUGAAAUGGGAAGAAGGUGCAAAGCAAGGCAUUGUCGUAGCCGGUGGUCAAGGACCGGGAAAUAGUCUUACACAAUUGAAUGCUCCUCAAGGAGUCGUUGUCGAUCAAUUGGGUACUGUCUAUGUGGCUGAUUGGGGAAAUGAUCGAAUCAUACGUUGGCCAAAAGGAGCCACACAGGGAACUGUCAUCAUUGGUAGAAACGGUGAAGGAGUACAGUCGAAUCAACUCGAUUGUCCCGUAGGUUUAUCAUUCGAUCGACAUGGCAAUCUCUAUGUCGUCGAUUUUGGAAAUCAUCAAGUACAACGAUUUAAUAUCGAAUGA